UUUCCUUCUAAAUACGAGUGAGCAAUACUAUUCUCAAAAAACAAAAUAUUGAUUUGACUAUAUAAUAUUCUCAAAAGAAUAAUAUACCUUAGUGAUUUGACUAAAAUAAUUACUAUUAAAUCCGAUUUUCAACCAAAAGCCAAAUUCAGCGGAGGAACUGUCUUUUUCCUUUCUUCUUACUUCUUCACCUUUCCCCUAUUUCGUCGUAACAUAUAUCAUCGGAAAAAAGAAUCCUAAACAAAAGAAGAACUUGAGAUUUCUAUUCUUGAGACAAAAUGGCAGAAGAUUCGUACGAGGAAGAGUGCGACUACUUGUUCAAGGCGGUGUUGAUCGGAGACUCAGCCGUCGGGAAAUCAAACCUCUUGUCUAGAUUUUCUAAAGACGAGUUCCGGUUUGACUCUAAACCAACCAUCGGAGUUGAGUUUGCUUACCGGAAUGUUCACGUCGGAGAUAAAAUCAUCAAGGCUCAGAUUUGGGACACCGCCGGCCAAGAAAGAUUUAGGGCAAUUACAAGUUCGUACUACCGUGGAGCAUUAGGGGCAUUACUGAUUUACGACAUCACAAGACGAACAACUUUCGACAACAUCAAGAAAUGGCUUUUUGAGCUUAGGGACUUUGCCAAUCCCGAAACCGUGGUUGUCCUCGUCGGCAACAAAUCCGAUCUCCGACAAUCUAGAGAAGUCGAAGAAGACGAGGGUAAGACUCUAGCUGAAUCAGAAGGUCUCUUCUUCCUCGAGACUUCGGCUUUAGAGAACGUUAACGUCGAAGAAGCAUUUCUAGUGAUGAUCGGACGGAUACACGAGGUUGUGACUCAGAGGAUAGCUUCGGACAACAAAUCCAACGGCGCUGCGACGGCUCACAUUAAUGGUAAUGGUAACGGUACGGUUCUUCCCGUUGGUAAAGAAAUUGUGAAUAUACACGAAGUCACUGCUACUCAACCGUUAAGCUCUUCCUCCAACUGUUGUUUCAAGUAAAUAACUAAUGUAUUUUUUCGUCUAUUGUUUUGGAACACUUUGAUGAUGUUUUUAUUUGCAUGUUUAUUCCUGAAAAUUUUGACUUGGUUGAGUACAUGAUUUUUAAUCAUAUAAAAAUCACAUGAAAAAAGGACCAAUCACAACUGAGAUCCUCCUGUUCUGUC